UCUUCUUUCUACUAAGUUGGGUGGAAUCGGGUUAGUUUUUGGCACGAGCUUAUUUGUUACAGGGUAUAUACAAAUUCAACAUUUUCUAUAUGAUUUUUGACUUGCGCAGAAAACGUUGUGAUGUUUUGACAGAUCCAAGCAGACGCACUCCAUUGCUGACCAAAAAAAGCCCUUCAUUUAUUUUGUCGGUAACCUUAUGGUUGCCUAUUUCUUUGUAAAUUUAUUGCCUUUGAUUCCAUUAAUAAACCCCUAUUUGAUUUGCUGUAUCGCAUGUACAAAUACUGUCGCAAAACUUAGACGUUUCCACUCCUCAAUAUCCUAUAACACUUGAGCCAUUUUUCUUGGAGAAAAGUCCGUCAAAGAUUUUAUUGCCUGUCAUGGAAAAACUGAUGUUAUCGCCUUCUUCGUGUCUGGGCAGUAUUAGAGUAAAGAAAUGUGCAGUAACAGUGGCUGGGAAUUUGCCUUUAAGAAAUUCUUCAAACAUCAACCGUUUUAACUCACAGAUAGCUUUGGGGUUUAAGGGAGGUAGGGUUCCAUCGCAAUUAGGCUUUGUUGGAGAAAGAGUCAAUUUACGAGCUGGUGGGUGGCGUAAUGAUGCUCUCUCUAGGAAGUUUUUUGCUCCUGCUGCUUCUCGCGAAGAAUCGGGAUCAACUGAUUUGCAAGUUGAAGGGAAUGUUGUAGAAGGUCCUAAAGAUAUUAAUGGUGUACAUGAGGCUGUAACAUGGAAUGGAGAGAGCAAGGGACUUGAAAAUCCUGACACAGAGCCAUUUGAUUCUUCGAGGAACUCAAUUGAGGAGUUGGACAGAGAAGUGGAAGAGGCAAAGGAGUCAUUAGCAGAUAUAUCAAAAGAGGCUACUGGAAAAGAAGACGAUAAAUCUCAUAUUACAGAAAAUGAACCCGUCCAAGAACAAAGGAAGGCUGCAAAAAUCCAUGACUUUUGUUUUGGAAUUCCAUAUGGGGGGAUACUUGUUGGCUUAGGAUUGGUUGGACUUCUUAUUGGUGGUGGCAUAAAUUCCAUUCUAUGUUCAAUAACGGGCGCUUCUGUGUUAGGUCUUAGUCUUACUAGCCUCAAAGUAUGGAGGCAAGGGAAAUCAUGCAUCCCUUUCAUUUUUAGACAAGCUGCUUUCUCGCUUAUUCUUUUGGCUGGGCAUCUUCGGGAAUUUUAUUAUACAAGAGCAGCGUUUCCAACGGGGAUUAUUGCACUUAUAAGUGCAUUCAUGCUUAGUUUCUACACUUAUGUCUAUGCUGCUGGAGGGAAUCCACCAUCCAAGAAGUUGAGAGCAUCGUAGCUAAGCGAGGUAUCGUAGUUCUUGUGUGGAGUAUUCAGGGAAGGAUUAUUCUAUGCUGUACAACAACAUUGCUAACUUGUGCUAGGUAUAUUACGAGAGGACACAGAUCUCUCCCUUCUAAUAAUUUCUAAAACUUAUUUCUGAAGCAGUAGUGUGAAUAACUCACGUUGAGAGGGAGGAGGAAAAUAAACACAAGUUUGGGCAUGGCGUGAGCUGUACGAGCCUUGAAAUAUGUAAUAUUAAUCACAAUCCUUCUCAUUGUUGAACCGUAUACUUCUUACACAUGUUUUGUAAGGUUUUAUUUCAAGGAUAUUCUAAGGUGGGUAUUGUCUUGAUUAGUGCUGCAAGCCCCUUGAAAAUCUUGACUCAGCAUAUGUUGUCAAAGGCAGAAACCGAUUUAUAUAUACCAAUGUGUUUGUAAUUCUUCA